AUGCUAACCAUCAUAUUGUGUGACUGUUUAAUGGCGUUUGAGAUUAUCAUACGCCAAUAUCUGGUGAUACCGGUGGUCGACAUGACCCUACCAUUUACGCCAAACGCCAUAUAUAUAGUUCAGUCCAUCGAUAAUUACAUCGACGCCACUAUACUAUACGUGCAAUCGUUCACAUUAGUAGUCCUGAGUUGGGACAGGUAUUACGGCAUAUGUAGACCUCUGUGCAACCCUUUCGACAGGCUGUCCAGUCGAACCAUAUAUGUGUGCAUUUGCACCGUUAGUUUAAUACUGUCAGUACCAUUUGUGGUCACGUCAUAUGUGUAUUACUUUGACUACCAAUCUAAGACAUUGGUUUGCCUAGAUAACUCUGAACAAUAUAUGCCGGUGCUUAACCAAAACAUGGUGUUCAAGCAAAGCACCCGUUUAUUUCGGUUAUUCAUGGAGUUUAUAAUACCGGCCCUAUUAGUGACUUACUUUACCCUCAGAAUUAUUAUCCAUUUGUAUAGUAUAGGCGACCAUUCCUGGAGACCGGUAGCCAAACGCCUGUUGGCAGUGUUAGCGGUAUUUAUCGUUAAGAACACGGCUUUCCAUACGGCCACUAAGUUCUCAUAUUAUCAACCUGGAGAUACCUGUCCCCUAAGUGCCCAGUAUUACGUGUGUUUCAUGAUUAUAAGAGCCACGGGUUUUGCCAAUUCAUUGAUAUUCUUCUGGUUCGCCACCGGAUUCAAGAAGAAUUGUCUCCAUUUUAUUGUCAAUUGUGUUCGCGUUUACGAUAAGAAUAUUCCGGUUCCCGAAGCGAGGUUUAGUCGGAAGGGGACUGGGGUUCAGAGGGUCCACCGAGCGAUGAGUGAAGACGACUCAUACGAAAUGAUGAAAUAUAUACUCUUUCACAGAGGGCUUAGAAAACAGUACAAACCGGAUAUGGAUGCUCUACAGGUAUUAAUCCUUUACAUCUCUUACCCCUUACCUAUUCAUUAACAU